AUUAAUUGGUAAUCGAUAGUUGAGAGAGAGGGAAUGGUGAUUACUGAGAAAUCGAAGUCGAGUCGGGUUUUAUUAUCAGAUCAAGCAAUAUGUCGGAGCGAAAGAGUCCGCUAAAGGUAAUCCCGUCCGCUUCGGAGGAGCAACUGGUCCAGGCCCUGGGCGAUCUACUGAAGCGCUGCUCCCAGGAGGCGUUGUCCAGAAAGGAUAAAUUCAGCGUGGGACUUUCGGGUGGUUCCCUCAUUCAGUUGCUUACAAAAGCUCUGAAAUCUGGCAACUUGAAAACCGCCGACUGGGUGUUCUUCUUCUGCGACGAGCGGUAUGUUCCCCUGGAUGAUAACGAUUCCACCUACGGUGCCUACAGGGCCGAGUGGUUGACCCAAUUGCCUUGUAUUCAGGAAUCCCAGUUCGUCCGCGCCGAUACCAGCAAACCGCUGGACGCCUGCGCCGCAGAUUACGAGGCGAAGGUCAAGAGCCAAGUCGAUCAGUUCGAUCUGCUGCUGCUGGGAAUGGGACCCGAUGGCCACACCUGCUCCCUCUUCCCCGAGCAGCCAGCCACGCUGCAGGAGACCAAAUGCCUGGUCAUCCCCAUACGGAACUCGCCCAAGCCACCACCCGAGAGGAUCACCUUCACCCUGCCGCUGAUCAAUAAUGCCCGGAAUGUCGCCUUCGUGGUUACGGGCGCCGGAAAAGCCAGCGUCGUCAAGAGCGUGUUUGUGGAUCUGGAUAAGAAGUUUCCCGCUGCGUGGGUGAAUCCAACAAAGGGACAGUUGACGUUGAUUGUGGACGCGGGAGCUGGAGAAGAAAUUACAGCUUUAAAUUGACAUUCCCUAGAGUACCAUUGAAUCUUGUAAAUACUAUUAUUUUUGAUACACU